UGAUGAAAGACAAUAUGCAAACAUUAACAAUAAAUUAUACUAAUGAGAUAAGAAAUGAGCAUUUGAAAAUUUUUAUAGACGAAAUGAACAUAAGAAAACAAUUUAAAACAAGUGGGUAUGUAAUUAUGUGUUAUGUGAACUAACAAGAUACAGUCAUAUUUUCAAAAUGUUCGCAGUACUGUUUUAAUGAUCGUAGGAUAUCAACAAGAUAUUUUUUUUACAUUCAAAACCAUUGUUAAAGCAUAUUUUUCAGCCUGUAAAUAAUUCGUUCACUUUAAGUUUAAUCAAUAAUAUAAAAAAAUAAUUCGGAUUUGACUAGAUUUGUUUAAAUUUAAAAUGUGUUUGUGCAAUGUGAAUAAUUUUCAAUUUCAAAGGGUCAGCGUUUCUGUGGAUAGAAUUUCGGUUUAUAAAAAUCAUAUGAAUUUGAAAUGAGAAAAAUGAGCAGAUUAUAUAUUUAAAUUGAAUUAUAACAGUGGGAAAAAAAAUGAAAUUCUGUACAAAUGGAGCAAUUAUUUAUACGUUGUUGGCCCAAAGUGAGUUCGACGAUGCGAUACCCAUUCCCAUUCGGGGAAAUUCAGUUGAUGAGCUAGUCAGUGCGAAAAACCGAAGCAGACUGAAAAAACGACUGUGCAUCGCAUUGACCAUUUUAUGUGUAGUUGGACUGUGUGUAGCGGGCCUGAUUUACUAUGGUGCAAUUAAACCAGAGGUAGCCAAAAAUAAAAAUGGAAUUGGUCUGCCCAUAUCACUUAAUGAUGUUUUGGGUGGAAAAUAUUAUGCACGGCACAAUAAUGCGACAUGGAUCUCCGAUACAUUGCUUUUUUAUCGUGAUUUUUCAGGUAAUAUGGUGACCUUCAAUGUAAUCACAAACAAAACAGAAAUUUUAGCAGAAGCACAUAUUGCCGCUAUUGCUUCGUCAUUUUCACAAGAAAUUUCACCUGACCACCGUUUUUUGUUGCUGGGAAGAGACUAUCAAAAGAUUUAUCGGCACAGUGCAUUAGCUCAUUACGAUAUUUUAGAUUUGAAGACAAAAGAGCUAUACAAACUGUCUGAUAAUUUGUUGGCGUUGGCUGAGUGGGGUCCAAUUGAUAACAGUAUUUUAUAUAUUCAAGAAAAUAACAUUUAUUAUAAACCAAGUGUCGUACAUCCUGCAAUACAAAUAACAAAUGAUGGCAGUGCCAAUAUUUAUAAUGGUAUAUGUGAUUGGGUGUAUGAAGAGGAAAUUUUUUCAACAAAAACUGCUGCCUGGAUAUCACCUGAUAAUAAAAAACUAGCUUAUGUACAAUUUGACGAUUCACCUGUUAAUCAUAUUGCGAUUCCGGUUUAUGGUGCUCCUGGGUCUUCCCGUGAUCAAUAUCCUGGAUUCAUUGAUUUUCCAUAUCCGAAAACUGGAACGAAUAAUCCGUUGGUGAAAUUGUUUUUGGUCGAUUUGACGACUGUUUCACCCAACGAAGCUGUGAUAAAAAUUCAAAUUUUACCACCACAAGAAUUGCGUGAGAAACAGCACAUUAUAUCUGUAGUUUUGUGGGGGGCAAACAAUGAUACUUUACUAUCGACCUGGAUGAAUCGCGUUCAAAAUCGUGCUAUUGUUGAGGCCUGCGAAGGAGAGAUCUGUCGUCGGAUUUUGGAUUUGUCCAGUUCAAUGGGAUGGAUUGAUUUCUUCAAGCCACCAACAUUUAAUAAAAAUGGCUCACAUUUUGUUUAUAUAACGCCACAAUUUCAAAAGGAUGCUAACGAUUCAUAUCAACAUUUGACGCUUGUUUCACUUGAAACAGGAAAGCAAACAAUUCUAACAUCAGGCGAAUUUGUUGUUUUAGAAGUGUUAAAUUGGAGUGAAGACACCAACACAAUUUUCUAUGCUGCUAAUAGUAAAAAUUCUUCUUACAUUAAGCAUAUUUGGUCUGUUCAAGUUGACGAUCCGAGCAUAAGACAAUGUUUAACGUGUAAUAUUACACGUGGUGGUGUACUACAAACAUACUUUAGCGCAAAAUUCAGUCCGAACAGUAAGCAUAUUGUGAUUAAUAAUGAUGGGCCCGCAAUUCCGCGCACCGAUAUUGUGAGAUUGUCUUCUCAUAAUUCUUCUGAACUUAUAUUUCUUCGGAAUUGGGAAAAUAAUCAUGGUCUCCAUUCUUUAUUGGCCAAAGUAUCAACACCAAUCAUAAAAUAUCAUCAAAUUCCAUUGAAAAAUGGUUUCGAAGCAGUAGUUAAGCUUCAACUCCCACCAGAUGUAGAUACUAGUGGAAAAACCAAAUAUCCCAUGAUUAUUGAUGUAUAUGCUGGUCCUGGAUCACAGAGUUCCCUUGAUAGGUGGGAAAUCAGUUUCAGUUCAUAUCUAGUGACGAGUCAAAAAUAUAUUUUAGCUCAAAUCGAUGGGCGCGGUUCUGGGAAUCGUGGCCAAAAUCUUCUGCAUACGAUUUAUCGCGCUAUGGGAACCGUUGAAGUGGAAGAUCAAAUUGAAACAACAAAGAAGCUAACAGAUUUAUUUCCAUUCAUUGACGAAUCUCGUGUCGCGAUAUGGGGUUGGUCCUACGGAGGUUUUACAGCUGGAAUGGCAUUGGCAACGGACAACGCAAAUGUUUUCAAGUGUGCUGCUUCAGUUGCUCCAGUAACCGAUUGGCUGUAUUACGAUACAAUGUACACUGAACGUUAUAUGGGACUUCCAUUCAAAGAAGAUAAUGCCCAAGGUUACGAUAGAGCGCGACUUAGCACUAAGGCCGAAGAGUUCAGAAACAAAACUUAUCUUCUUGUUCAUGGCAGUUUGGAUGAUAAUGUACAUUAUCAACAAUCAAUGGCCUUAGCGCGUAGCCUUGAACUGAAUGACAUUCCAUUUGAGCAAAUCACCUAUCCAGAUGAAGAUCAUUCUCUAUGGGGAGUUAGACGACAUUUGUACCAUAAAUUAGAUGCAUUUUUUGCCAAAUGCUUUAGCACCAAAAAUUCGUCUUCGUCCAAAUAAAGAUCGUAAACAUGUAUUUGAUUCGAAUAAAUUCAAGCUGUGAAACUCGAACGCUUCAAGAUACCUUUUACAUGAAAACUUUUUAUAUAUUAUUAUUACCAGUAAAAGAAAGACUAUUUUAAUUAUUUUGUAUUCAAAGAAUAUUAUUAAUAUUAAUAAUAUUGAAUCAGGUUUUAAGUAUGAUUGCUGUGCUGAGAAAUAAUAUUAAACAUGUUCAAGAAAUCAAUGAAAAUAAUUUAAUGGAUAGAAAAUCGUGAGAUAAAAAUUAAAUAUAUAUAAAUUGUUUUUAAAACUUUAUUCAA